AUGACAUGUAGCGAUAAUAAACAAAAUAUUUUUAAAGAUCUAUCUAUCUAUCUAUCUAUCUAUCUAUCUAUCUACUGCAUGACAGUCUACUUCGAUAUAUCUAUAUAUCUAUCUUACUUAUUCGUUAUUUUUGUGAGCUUUUAUUUUCAUUCAUUCAUUCUCGCGCCUAUCAUUUUUUGCUUGUUCUUUCUUUCAUUCGUUCAUUCAUUCUCUUUCUCCGCCUCCUCCUCCUCCUCCUCCUCCUUCUUCUUCUUCUUCUUCUUCUUCUUCUUCUUCUUCUUCUUCUUCUUCUUCUUCUUCUUUCACUCCUCCCAUAUUUCUCUCUUCUUUUUGCACACGGCAAAGCACACACAUUUUCAAAAACUACAGCGCACACUCUCCUUUUCAUAUCUCUGUAAAAAUACAGGCUCCAUUUUUUCUCUUUCUUGUUUUCUCUUUUUCUUUUCUUUCUUCACUUCUUUUCUUUUUUCGUUUUCCUUGUUUUCCAAUUCUUUAAUCUCUGUCUCUCUCGCUUCGAAUAUCACUCUUUCUUCGUUGGUUCAUGAUCUUAUUCAUUCUACAUUCCUUCUUAACCGUAUUCUCCUUCAUUCAUUCUUCCCUCUCAUUAUUUCUCUCUUUCUGUCAUGA